AUGGGCCUGUCAGCAGAGACCAUCAUCGCCCUGGUAGCUCUGCUAGUUGCCUGUGUCCCCGGUCUCCGGUUCAUGAUCAAACACAAUGCUCGCAUCCGCCGAUGGUGGAACAAUACCCAAGAAAUUGUCGGCGUUCGUGAGGAAUCCAGCCCACGUGAUCCGAAGCGAUUCACAAAGCGAGUUGCCCCCCUUGGAGACUCAAAUAGUCCAAGAACCCACAACCAGCAAAAAUACAAGAGACCGUUUCAUAUGGUCCACCCCUUAGACAUCAGAUCGCUUUACGGAAAUGCCACCCAGCUGAACCACGCGCCCGAGGGAGGGGCGAGCGGCGGCUUGUCCAUAGAUGGCGUUCCUAGUGAGAGCAAGGCGGCCACGUGA